AUGGCGGACACUGCCUCGAAGCAUCGAGCUGAGUUUGCCUUUGUUCAGCUUGAGAACGAAAGAGCUCUGACAUCUCUUCGUGACGAGCUAAGGGUAGCUCGUGGGAUUGUUGAUCGGUCUCGGGCUGAGAUAACUGCUCUUCAGACCCUUGUUGAUGCCCACCAUCGGGAGCACAAGGCUCUCUGCGAGAUGCUUGAGCGCAAGGGCGUUCUUCAUCGGAAGAAGCAGCGUACUGAUGGUACGGCUUAA